AUGCAGAGAAGAAAUACACCAUUUAGAAGGGGAACCCCAUCACUAUAUCAUCAUCUAUCAAUGUUAAAACCUUCAUUUGUUUCACGUGUAGACAACGUACUACAUUAUGAUAAGACUAUUACAUUUAGAAGUGAAAUUAUCCCGGAUAAGGCAAAGGGAAUCUUGAGUACUAGUCUCUUGUAUUCUCAAGGUAGUGAUAUUUAUGAAAUCGACUGUUCUUUACCAUUAGAAUCCUUCUACCCUUCAUCAUCGAAUAAGAAAUCUACAAAGAAUGAGAAGAAAGACGAUAAUAAGGAUACAACUACAAAGGAUAACGGAGAUAAAGAAAAUAAUGAGCAAAAGAAUAAAACAGCAAGUUUUGACGAUGCUUUUGCUGCCGUCGAAGGGAAGAGAUUAUCUCCUAAAUGGGCCUAUCUUGGGGAAACAGUUUCUAAGAUGAGUUAUUUGGAUAGUUCAGACGAUAGUACAAUGAUUGCAAUGUCAAAAAAUGGUUCUUUAGCAUGGUUCCGUGAUGGAAUUAAAGUACCCGUUCAUAUUGUUCAAGAAAUGAUGGGUCCUUCCACAUCAUAUGCGGCUAUGCAUUCUCAUGUAAGGCCUAAUAAUUUGGCUGUUUCGGAUUUUGGUUUAUCAUCUAAUUUAGAUACCUUAGUGAAAUCUCAUAGUAACGGUUCUGAAGAAGAUAGUAUAUUAAAGAUUAUAGAUAAUGCAGGAAAACCAGGGGAAAUUUUAAGGACAUUACAUGUCCCUGGAACCACAGUUACACAUACAGUACGAUUCUUUGAUAAUUACCUUUAUGGGACAUGUUCUGAUGACAAUACAUUAAGAUUCUGGGAUACUCGUACUGCUGAAAAGCCCUUAUUUAUAUUAACUGAACAUCAAAAUGGUAGAUUAAAUUCUUUCGAUACGUCACAGGUCACUGGUGAAUUGUUUGUAACUGGUUCAUCUACUGGUGUUAUUAAAUUAUGGGAUAUUCGUGCUGUAGAGAAUGCCACUACGGAUUUAACACAUAGGCAAAAUGGUGAAGAUCCAAUUCAGAAUGAAUUGGUAUCAUUAUAUCAUUCUGGUGGUGAUUCUGUAGCGGAUGUUGCAUUCUCAGAGACUUCAUCGUCUGAAUUCAUCACAGUAGGUGGUACUGGCAACGUAUACCAUUGGGAUAUGGAGUAUCUAUUUGGACGUAACGAUGAUGAUAAUGAGGAUGAUUCUACGACGCCUGCCGCCCCAGAAGAAUUACAGGGUCAAUGUUUGAAAUUUUUCCAUACAGCUGGUGGUAGACGUACCUCCGCACAACAAGGUAAAAGAAAUAUUGUGGCUAUGCAUCCAGUGAUUGAUGAUCUAGUAUGUACAGUUACACCAGAUAGUCAACUCUCCUUAUAUAGACCACUGAAACUAAGGUCAGUGUGA